AUGUAUUCUCCCAAGUUUCUCUUCCAGCUAUCAUCAACAUGUGUGUUGUUAGCUAUCUCGAAUCCGAUCAAAGCACCUCCGCCUAUCUCAGAUUUCCGUCCAGGGGAUAUUGGUAGUGUAGCUGUAGCCCACGACGACAACCCUUCCCAAAUCAACAUCGAGGAAUCCGAGUGUGAUGGAAAGACUUUGGGUCUCGGGCUCUCAGAAUUUGGGCCGGACUUGCUGGACCCGCACUUGGAAUGGCGGCCGACGCGGGAAGUGAAGGCAGACAAUCCGCGAGCAGCUACUCUGGAUUCUUCAUACAAAGGAGAAACUCGAAAGUCCAUCGGAUCUAGUCACCUGAUACCGCCAGAUGGACCUUUCCCAACCCGCAUACUUGAUAUGCCUUACUAUAUUCCUGAGGCUCUGAAUCGGCAUGACCAGCGGCGUAAUCCGGAAGGCUCUCAAUACGGGGUCGUUCUACCAGCUGCGAGUGCGACACAAAAUAGUGACAGACGUACCGCUGAAAAUAAAAAUUAUUACCAGUUAUUCCCAAUAACAUCACCUCGGUUUAAAACGGAGCGCAAUGGCAAUCCAUCUCCCAGCACGCAAGGGCCUCUAGUUGACAUUCGUUCAAACGUGUUUGUUUCAGUUGGUCCUACUCCUCCAAAAGCCCCACCAAUCAGGAUAGAUAACUUACAUCUAGAUCACUCUUCCCUCACCAGUCACGUCAACAAGAUUCCACUUUCUGUGCUCGAGAAGCCUACCAAUCAUAGAGGUUCAAAUUUGCCUCCGCCUCCAGGCUUCCAGCAAUCGCAUCCGCUUCCACUUUCUGUGCUCGAGAAAGCUACCAAUCAUAGAGGUUCAAAUUUACCUCCGCCUCCAGGCUUCCAGCAAUUGCAUCCGCUUCCAUUUUCAAGUGGCAAAGGAUCAACAAUCAGCGACGGCGGGUUAUACGAUGGUCAAAUAAAUUUCGUGCCCGGACUGCAUGGUCGUGAAGCUUUUACGCCAGCCUAUGCUCAUGGUCAGGGUGACUUGUCGCUCAGUUCUGCUAUUUCUCCCCCAAAGCAUCACUUUUCUGGGAAUAUGGAAACUCAAGAUCUCCACAACUCGCGAAAUCUUGGAUUCCAGUCAUUGGAUAAUAGUGGGCCAGCCAAGUCCGGAAUUCUGCACGAAAAACAGAAUGCUAUGGCUGCACAUUCGGAGGACUUGAGGGGGGAUAUAAAUGGAAAAGAAAAAAACAUUGAUAGGAACCCAGGCCACUCGCCAUUUCAGACUAGUACAUUGGUGACAUCAAUUCGUAAAACUAGUGUAUCUCCGUCUACUGAUUCCUCAAGGAAGGAUGAGACGCCGAAAGCUUCGAAACUUAAUUUUGAUGAUCAGCCCCCGAGACUCAGUCAAAAACAAGCCAAAGCAGGCAAUUCAAUAGAGCCUGGACCCUCCGCUGCAGCAGUGCCACUUCCUGAAGCAGGCGACAAUCGUGCUCGACCAACACUUGGAGAUUUCCUAGUCGUCAGCGCAAAAAAUGGAAAGGCAGACAUUCUAAAGGCCAACCAAAGAAAUGGGGAGCAACGGCUCAGCAAAGCACUAGAAGCCAAAUUUGGGGAAGCACAAAGAAAAGAAAAGGCGUCUGAUACUCUGCUCCCGGACCGGGAAAUGAAAAAAAUCAUUCAAAACCUUCAAGCCGAGAGAUAUAGCAGAGAAAAGAAAGGAACUGAGACAAAAAGUGGCAAAGAUACACCUGCAGCAUCGGAAGCAGAUCAGAAUGCCGAAAGGCAAAAACGACUUGCAAAGCAAAAAGAAUGGGAAGCCUCAAGCGUUGGAAAGGACAAGAUGAGACGCGACAAAAAGGCGAAAGCUGCUACGGGGGAGCAUGUCGCUCAGGAUAUCCGGCACAAUCAAAACUUUCCCAUUGUGGAAAACGAGGCAUCAAAAACUUUGUCUAGAGAUGAAAGCACGCAACUUGACGCACAAAAUUCUCAAGGCGGCAGCUCCGGAGCAAAUCGAAAUGGACCACAGCCCAUUCUAUCAUCCAAAGAUAAGGUCGACCGCACCAGGUCCGCGACGGACGAGAAUUUCAAGAAUACUCUCCAAGCUCAAGAUACGGCUAGUCUCGAAAGCGCUGGCCCGAGGACCGAUGAAUCAAUUCUAGAUAGAAGCGCUUGGAAUCAAGGCCAAAGAUACGAUAAUUUAUCUCAUCUUAGUGCUAUGCCUUCUUGCUCCCGCAAUCUUCAAAAAGAACAAGAAGUUAGCGGAGAGGAAAUGGAGAUUCUGCGUCUAAUUGAGUCGAAAAAAAAGCCUCGCAAUCCGAUUAAGCCGACUCCUACCCCUCCGCUCUACUUUAAAGUUAAUUAUGCUAUGGAGGAGACAAUCCUCUCAGAAAUGUAUGAAGAAUACAAACAAACUUUGAACCCCAUCAAUUUUAAAACAAAACCGACAAACUCAAUUAUGGCACCCUUAGAAAUUAAAAACUUCGGGUUACAACCUGAAAUUGCAAAAGUAUUUUCAGAAUUGUUGGCAGAAGAAUUGAGACAUGAAGAUUUAGUACUUACAAAGCCACUCCAGUCAAGUCACCUCUCAGCAUCAGCUUUCACAGAGUUCUCCCAAUUGUGGGGAGAAGAAACUGUUUUGGAUUGGAAAAAUAAGAGUCUAGACGUAAGCUUGAUGGCUCGGUUGGCUCUGAUAUUGAACUUGGAUUGCAAGAAGCCUCAUUAUGGCAUUUCACCAGACGCCUCCCAGCUGACUGCAUUAUAUGAAAGAUUCAGAGCAGCGAAUCACACCAAAGAGAGUCUCAAGCUCUCAAAAGUCGAAACUUCUAUUAGAAAACUGCUGGGCCAAGCGGAAAGUAACAGACGAUUUGCUGCAUUAUUGAUUUGUUUGCAAGAAGAAACUUAUGCCCGAAAUUGGAGAUUCUGGAAGAAACAUCUCAUGGGAAAGAAACUCAUUCAAAAGUCUGACGCGACCAGAUUGGAGAACAGGUUGGGGGUUUCAACAGAUGCUACAUCAAAUGUUAAUAUUCCAAAUGGGUCACGUCAUUAUGGCAUGAAUGUUCGUUUCGGGAAGUCGGACUGUUCCGUCACCGAAAUGCUGGUAGUCAUAUGUGGGGCAGACGAAGCAAAAAGAAGGUUGGAAUUCGUCGAAUAUCUGGACAAACGAAUCUAUCGAACUCGUUGGUGGAAAUCAUUUGACCUCGAAGCUGCAAGGAAAAAAUAUGGACUCAACCUGCAUACAAUUGUGCAAGUGGGAGAUUCACUUCAAUUUGUCUUCAAAUAUUUUCCAAGAAAGUACGAAUCAUGGGAUUGGACUGAAAAGAACUUUGUGGAGCUUAAGAAUUUCUUACAGCGCGUCUAUGCACGUCUGUCUUGGAUGGAAUCCUCUGAGCGUGCCUGGCUGCACACGGCAUGUGGGGGCUUAUAUCAAGAUCGACUGUGGAUAAUCAGCCAGCUUUAUCACAAUCGUUUCCUAAAAACAAACAUGCCAGCCCGCAUUGCCUACGAAUUGAUCUGGUUCGACCUUGGACUCAACAUCGGUGUGAUGACCAAGUUAGCGACUCGCCCCCAGGGAAUUGACGCAAUACGAGACAACCGGAUAGCAACUGGCCUUUCAAGAUAUCCACAGAGUGCUGUUUUAAUUUGGCUUAGGAGUUUCCACAUGGAGCGCCACCAAUACACUCGAAUGAGAUGGACACCAUUGGGAGAGGUGAUGGCACAUCAUUGUGCUGCAUUCAAUUAUUUCGGGGGGUUCAGAAAGUGUUUCUUUAUUUACGUUGUGAUGCUCAUGUAUGGUGUACUCCAGAUCCUGCAGAGAAAGUUCCCCUUUUCCUUCAACGAUCUGGAGAUCAUGCUUCGACAGGGAUUUUAG